AUGGAUCUCAGAGUGGGACGCAAGUAUAGAAUCGGAAGGAAGAUCGGAAGCGGGUCUUUUGGUGACAUUUACCAUGGAACCAACCUGAUAAGUGGCGAAGAAGUGGCCAUCAAGCUGGAAUCGAUCCGGUCACGGCAUCCACAGCUGGACUACGAGUCCCGCGUGUACAAGUAUCUGAGCGGCGGCAUCGGAAUCCCGUUUAUUCGGUGGUUUGGUCGAGAAGGCGAGUACAACGCCAUGGUCAUCGACCUGCUGGGUCCUUCGCUCGAGGAUCUGUUCAACUACUGCCACCGCAAGUUCUCGUUCAAAACAGUAAUGAUGCUGGCGCUGCAGAUGAUCUGUCGCAUCCAGUACAUCCACGGCCGGUCCUUCAUCCACCGAGACAUCAAACCGGACAACUUUCUCAUGGGUGUGGGCCGUCGUGGAUCUACCGUGCACGUUAUUGAUUUCGGGCUAUCCAAAAAAUACCGGGAUUUCUCCACCCAUCACCACAUCCCGUAUCGCGAAAACAAAAACUUGACCGGUACGGCUCGGUACGCAUCCGUCAACACGCAUUUGGGGAUCGAACAAUCGCGCAGAGACGACCUCGAAAGUUUGGGAUACGUGCUGAUCUAUUUCUGUAAAGGAUCUCUUCCGUGGCAGGGUUUGAAAGCCACGACCAAACGUCAAAAAUACGAUCGCAUUAUGGAGAAAAAGCUGUGCAUCAGUGUCGAACAGUUGUGUGCGGGUCUGCCGGUGGAAUUUGUGGAAUACAUGCGUUAUUGCCGUAAUCUGAGGUUUGAUGAGAGACCGGACUAUUUGUAUUUGGCUCGUCUAUUCAAAGAUCUCAGUAUCAAGCUAGACUACCACAACGACCAUUUGUUCGACUGGACCAUGUUGCGAUACACCAAGGCCAUGAUCGAAAAGCAGCGUGCGCUGGGAGAACUGCCCAUGCCCGAAGAGUCCAAGGACGAUGAAUCGAAACAAGACUCUUUUAACCGUGUGAAGCAACUCGCAAUGCGCAAGUUUUCUACUCAUUUCCAUUACAGCCGGUCCGAGGACAAGCAUCAUCCCUCGGCGGACGAAAUCAAGCAACAAACGGUUCAGAACAACCAGGCGGUGCUAUCCAUCCCACAAGAUCUGUUGAGCGCCAUCGACAAAGACAUGGACAAUCUCAAGCAGAAUGUUGCACAGGCUCCGGAAGCUACUUUGCAACGACAACAACAGCAACAAGCCACGCAACAACAACAAGAUCAGCUCCAGCAGCAACCUCUUCAGUCUCGACAGUUUCAAAACGAGGUUGACUAUCAAAGCAGAGUUCCAGUUGCAGAGCCUCUGCUGCAGACUCAAAAGGAUGCGGAUUACGACGAUCUCAAGCGCACCCUGGACAUGCUCAACAGCAAUGGCACUCCGCAGCCCACGCCGUCCCGCAAGCCAACCCAGAGCGCCACGCAGUAUCCGCCUGCUGGCGUGAACAAACCAUCAGGUGGUGACAUUUGGCUAUAG